AGCGCCGGGUGAUCGUUAACCGCCUUUGCUUCCGCCGCCGGAGGACGCUCUGUCGGCCCGGCUCUGCCCCGAGCGAGCGGUGCGGGAGGUGGCGAGUCCCGCUCGUGGGUGGGGACGAGGGGCCGGCGCAGCCGCCAGCGGCCACCCCGCCCCUCUCCCCGCGGCCUGGGGCCUGCGCGACCGCCCCGCUGCGGGGCCUGGCGUCGGGCUCACCGCUGCUCCCGCCCCGCGCAGCGCCGACUGCGCUCCCGGCCGCGACCCCGCACGCCUCCCCCCGGAGCAUCGGGAGAAUCGCCCGACGGGACCGGGUGGGGGCUUCGCUCUGAGUUAGUCCCGGAGCCGCGUCAGCCCCUGCGAGGCCUCUGCCUCCGUCAGUGCAUUUGUGUUCCCAGCAGCUCGUUAUUUCUGUGGCAACAACUCCUUUUCCGAGACAAGACUCCAAGGUUCUCCUGAGUCAGCUCCAAAUAGAGGGCGAAUCUGAAGAUCGGCCCGGAAUGGCCACAGCCCCGGCCCCCGAGGGACAGCCGGGACCUGCGCUCGAGGCGGCGGAGGCGCGCGGCUGGGGCUGGGGCUGGGGCCGCGCCGCACCGAUGCCCACGCUGCGCGGGCGGGAGCGCUACCGGCGCCUCUUCCGGAAGCUCAGCUACCAGGACGCGCCGGGGCCCCGGGAAGCCCUGACCCGGCUCCGCGAGCUCUGCCGGCUGUGGCUGCGGCCGGAGCACCACACGAAGGAGCAGAUGUUGGACCUGCUGGUGCUGGAGCAGUUCCUGAGCAUCCUGCCCGGGGACCUGCGGGUGUGGGUGCAGGGGCACCAUCCCGAGACCGGGGCGCAGGCGGUGGCUGUGCUGGAGGAUCUGGAGAGGGAGCUCGAUGAGCCUCCAGAGCCGGUGGCGAGGGAGCGGCCGGCAGAGGUCCUGGCCAAGUCAGAAAUACAGGACACACUUCUGGACAAGUUGGCCCCCUUGGGACAGCCACAUGAGUCCCUGGCUGUCCAGCUCUACCCUGAGAAGAUCCAGCAGGAGCCCCAAAGGAAUGGUGAUAAAACCAGAACUGAGACUGAAGAGUUGUUCCAAAAGGAAGAUAUUGCAAAGGACAUGGAAUUCCUUAGGAAGGCAAAUAACAGACUGAACAAAGUCCUUCCUCAACAUCCCGAAUCCAAAAAUGCAACUGAAAGUGAGGGCAGGUUAGAGAGGCGGCCAAGCGAAAGAAGACCCUGUAAGUGUGAUGACUGUGGGAAAAGUUUUAGUUACAACUCAGCCCUUAGCAAGCACAGGAGAACUCACACUGGAGAAAAACCCUAUAAAUGUAACGAAUGUGGAAAAGCCUUCAAUCAACGCUCACAUCUCAUCGGACAUCACAGAGUGCAUACUGGAGUGAAACCCUAUAAAUGUGAAGAAUGUGGAAAAGAUUUUAGUGGACGCUCAGGUCUUAUUCAGCAUCAGAGAAUCCACACAGGUGAAAAACCCUAUGAAUGCUAUGAGUGUGGGAGGCCUUUUCGGGUAAGUUCAGCCCUUAUUCGACAUCAAAGAGUUCAUGCAGCAAAAGAGCUCUACUAAUAAGGGGUCAGUAACAACAGUUCCUUAGCUGUCCAGACCUAAUUAGGGACCUUAUAAGUACCCUGAAUGUAGGCAAAGCUUCCAUCAUCAAAAAUUUCUCUGGUAUCACAGAACCUGAAUAAAAUUUGCUUUUAUUUCUAAA